UGUCAAAGAAUGGAAUGUAGGGAAUGUUUAUGUUAAGAAAUUCUCUAAAAAUUAAAUAAAAUAUUGUCUGACAAAUUAUUGAAAAUAUAAUCGCUGAAGACAACAUGGCAGUUUGUGCCGCAAUAGUAGGAAAAGACAACUCCCCCAAAUACUUUUGUUGCAUUAACCCUGAUGAAGAAUUACAUUUCCAAUAUAAGGUGCUCUCCUCACUGGACAUUAUUGAGGAAAAGUUAAACCCUUCUAAUAAAACAGCCACUGAUUCCAGAGAACUUUAUUUAGGCCAACUCUAUUCACUUGAAACAUGCAAAAUUUAUGGAUAUGUUACAAAUACAAAAAUUAAAUUCAUAAUAGUGGUGGAUUCAACAAAUAUGAGCCUCAGGGAUAAUGAUAUACGAUCAAUGUUUAGAAAAAUCCAUUCGGAAUACGCAGACAUGGUUAGCAACCCAUUUUACAUUCCAGGAGAACCAAUUACCUCCAAGUCUUUUGACACCAGUAUCAAGAGCAUCAUCACAGGAACAGUGUAACUUGUGAGAAAUAAAAACAAACGAAAAACCUUCUAAAA